AAUCAUUUUUUCCCCUUUUUCAGCACAUGAUCAGACACACACCUACGGAGCAGGGUUAAUUUAAUAUGUUUUUUCUCUCUUAAAUCUGGUAUAAAUUCCGCCUAGUACUGCUUCUUUUUUUCUUUUUUUUUUUACUUCUUCUUGAUACAAUAUGCAAACGUUGAAUAAGUUGAUAUGCAUCUGGGAUUGGAGGCUUCAAAAUGUCUACAAUUUAGCAAAUUUCUAGUUAUGUGGCGAGUGGUAUCAACCAUUGUGUUUUUUCUGGUAUUGGUGAUAUUGUCAUUCUUGCAAAAUAGAGGGAAAGAACAGUGCUAAACUAUCUCACACACUGAAACAAGGGAACAAAGAGAAAUCCAUAGUUUUAUAUGCAUCAGUUUUCAGUAAAGUAGUUAAAACGUUGACUGCAGGAGGUAAUGCUUAUUAUAUCGUUAGACAUUUUGUUGAUAUUUCAUAUUUGUGGUAUUCAUAUACGCAUGUUGGAGUCUUUAUUAGUGAGGAGGAAAAUGCAAUGAUGUUUGUCAGAUGCUUCUGAGAAAAAUCUGUUUUGGUACCUAGGCUGUGCUUGUGAAAUUCAAGAUUCUUUCUAUCCUUUGAAUUAGAUGUUCACAGAGAUGAGAGAGGAAGACAACUUAUGCUGUCAACAUCUUUCCUCGUUGUUGGCUCUGUUGCUGCUCUUGUCAUUGUUGAAUUGCUCUGAUUGUAAGUUAGAAAGUGUCCAAGGUAACACUACAGUCUGUUCAGAAAUGAGAAAAAAUAAUUGCUCUUGGGUUCCAGUAUUGGAGGAGUUCACUUUUAUUGCUAAGUCUGCACCGUUUAAUAACUGUCAUGCUUCUACCAUUGUUGAGGUUGAUAAAGGUCAUUUUUUGGUUGCUUAUUUUGGUGGCACGGUAGAGGGAGCUCCUGACGUGAAAAUUUGGAUACAGACAUAUAAGGAUGGCCUUUGGAACCCUCCUGUUAUUGCAGAUGAAGAAUACAAUGUUUCAAUGUGGAAUCCUGUAUUAUUUAAGCUCACCUCGAAUGAAUUGCUUUUAUUCUACAGAAUUGGGCAAGACGUUCAAAAAUGGAGUGGAUUCAUGAAGCGGUCUGAUGAUGGAGGCAUUACUUGGAAAGAAAGGGAACAACUUCCUCCCGGUAUUUUGGGACCAAUUAAGAACAAGCCCAUCUUGCUUGCAAAUGGGGACUUGGUUUGCGGAUCUUCUGUUGAGAGUUGGAAUUCUUGGGGUGCUUGGAUUGAGAUAACUUCAGAUGCAGGUAAAUCAUGGAAAAAGUAUGGACCAAUAUACAUUGAGAAUAAUCCUCUCAGUGUGAUUCAACCCGUUCCGUACCUGACUGCAAAUGGAGCCUUGCGCGUGCUGCUGAGAUCAUUUACAAACAUAAGUAGAAUUUGUAUGUCAGAAUCUGAAGAUGGAGGUCACAGCUGGAGCUUUGCAAAGCCUACAGAACUUCCGAACCCAAACUCAGGUAUUGAUGGGGUGAAGCUGAGAGAUGGACGUCUUUUGGUAGCUUAUAAUACAAUCUCGAGGGGUGUCCUCAAAGUUGCUGUCUCCCCUGAUGAUGGAGACUCAUGGCAAGAGGUGACAACGCUAGAGGAGACUGAGGGAAUGGAGUUUUCAUAUCCAGCUGUUAUCCAAGCUAGUGAUGAUCUAGUUCACAUCACAUAUACGUACAACAGGACACAGAUUAAGCAUGUAGUCCUUAAUCCCAUUUGAUCAAGUGGCGCAUUUUAAAGUCAACUCUUGGAUGAAAGAAGGUUUUUAUCGUUUUCUCGCAGGAGGGAGAUGAGGAUUGGAUGCAUGGAAAGGGGCUGCACUUCUUCGAGUGAUGAACUUUUUUUUUUCCCUCUGGUUGUAAAUCAGUUAACCUUAUCCUGAAAUUCAAAAUACUACUAUUUUCUGAAAAAUCUAUUUCUAAAUAAAAAUAGAAAACUGAAGGAAAAAAAAAAUAUCCAAGGAGACAGUUAUGUAUAAGAAAA